AUUCGAGAAGUGGUUGAAUUACAGUCAAAUACUUACGUUCCAAAUUUGUCCAGCUCCACAAAAUGAAGCUAGUGGUAAUUUUUGGUGUAUGCUUGUGUAUGCAGCGAAUCUCUGCAUCCGCUCGAAACGAUGACUGUCCAGAUAAAUUGAAAGCCCUACAAGAAGAAUUGGGCAAGUUCUUUAAGAACUUUGACAAAGAGCACAAAAUUGCCAAAGAUUGGGUAGAUAAAAUACAAAAAAAGUGCCAAACGCUGUCGAACGAUCUGAAUAGACUCACCGCGAAACUCAAUACAUGCAAUGAAGAGGAAGUAGAAUGCCUAGUCGCCGAAUUCUUGGAAUCCUUCUUUAAUAUACAUAUUGACAUUACGGAACAUUUAGCCCCAUCGUUUGAAAGGCAGGUCAAUUUAUUACUGAGUAUGGUCGAUGAUCUUAAGAGUAAAACGAAAUGGAACUGUACGGACGGCAAAGCGUGUACAUGUUCGUGCGAAGCGAAACUAAACGAGAUAAUUUGUGAACUAGAUGCAUCCUUUGACAUAUUGGAAACAGCUGGCGCUGUAGUGCUCGGAUAUGUGGCCCGUUUGUUGGAAUUUUGUAACGAGUUGAAUGAGUUAGCAGAGAAAUUCGACUGUACUUAUCACCCGAUCUGCAAUGAAAGCAAUGAGAGUGGCGAAAAGGAUAGAAGCAGAAGCGAAAAGGAUGAAAGUGACGAAUAUGAUGGAAAAGACAAUAGUCGAGAGAAAAAAGGUAAAAGAGACAAUAGUCGAGAAAAAGAUAAAAGUUGCGAGAAAGGCGUCAGUAACGAAAGUGAUGAAGAGGAUCAAUGUUGUGAAUCUGUUGGAAGUAACUUCGAUUGGUUGGCAGUAGUAAAAGCAUUCGUAAUGAGAUUUGAUCUAGAUGAACCUGCUGGAAUAUUAACCAAUAUCAGUGAGAUUUGCGAUCGCACAGACGAAGGAAUUCACGAUUGGUUACAUAGGCUAAAGUUCUGAAAUUGUUAAUGGUUCGAUCUGUUCAAUAAAUGAAAGGAUAAAAAUUAA